AUGAUGAUCAGCGACGAUGACGGCGGCGGAGAAUCGUGGUACAUUGGAGGAACACUUCCAGAUUGGGACCUACAGUUCCCUAGUGAGAACCAAGCAGUCGCUCUUGGCGGUAACACCAUCUUUAUCAACGCCAGGACAUUUCUCACUGAUCGACUCGGAGCUUAUAGCACGGACGGCGGGCUGACUUUUGGUCCACACUUUGUCCCCAAAGGCCUGCCUCAACCUCUGGAAGGUUGCGAAGGAAGCACAAUAAGACACCCGGACACUGGCGUCCUGUAUUACUCGGGACCUGCUGUGCCCUUCCCCACACCGCUGAGAUACAACAUGAGCAUCUUUACUAGCUCUGAUAACGGUACAACAUGGACUGCUCAAGCUGUAGUUCAUUCGGGGUCAUCUGCCUAUAGUUCUCUGGCUGUUCUCGGAGAUGGCCACUCCAUUGGUCUACUGUAUGAGUGGGCAAAUGAGACCAAACUCAUAUUUGAUCCCGACUACUUCAGUUUUGUGGUCGUUAAUUAA